AUGACGGGGUCCCAGCGCGCCACCCCCACCAUUGCCUCAUCUUCAAAUCUCGCUCAUCAAAGCCAUACAACUUCUCAACUCUCCCCAACUCACAUCAACACCAUUUCCGUCAAGCCCCUGAGAAUGACAAACACACCCCUCCGAAUCGGCUACGUGCCCGAGCACUUUUCCACGCCCAUCUACUUUGCCCAGAAGCACUACGGCCUCGAUGCGACGCUGACGCCCUUCCCCUCGGGCACCGGCGCCAUGAUCGCCGCGCUCCGCGCAAAGGAGAUUGACAUUGGCAUCGGCCUGACCGAGGGCUGGAUCGCCGGCCUCGGCAAGGAAGACGCGCCGGGCGACGGCGGCUACCGUCUCGUCGGCACCUACGUCGACACUCCUCUCUGCUGGGCCAUUUCCACCGGCGCCCAGCGCCCAGAGAUUACAUCCGUCGAGUCCCUCCGGGGCGGCAAGAUUGGCGUCUCGCGCAUCGGCUCCGGCAGCUACGUCAUGGGCUUCGUCCUCGCCGACCAGCACGGCUGGCUGUCACCUGGCGGAGAAGCCCCCUUCUCCGACAAUGUCGUCCUGCACACGUUUGCCAGCCUGCGCGCCGCCGUCAACUCUGGCGAGGCCGACUUCUUCAUGUGGGAGCACUUUACGCAGAAGCGCUACUUUGACGCCGGCGAGAUCCGCCGCGUCGGCGAAAUCUACACGCCCUGGAGCAGCUGGAAGAUUGUGGCGUCGACGGAUCUGCCGGACGGUGAUGCGCGCGUCCGGGCGCUGUUUGAGAAGCUGGACCAGGGGGUGGCGCACUUCAACGCCAACCAGGACGAGGCGGUGCAGUACAUCUGCACGAACCUAGACUACACAGAGGCCGACGCUCGUGAGUGGCUCAAGACGGUCAAGUUUCCGGCGCAGACAAAGGGCGUCAAGGCCGAGACAGUCGAGAGCUGCGUGGCGAUUCUGCAAAAGGCGGGUGUGCUGGUCCCUGGCAAGGGAAUGCAGCCGGACGCCAUGGUAAUUUAA